CUCCCCUACGGCCCCCACCUCCCCUACGGCCCCUACCUCCCCCAUGGGCCCCAUGGCCCCCACCUCUACGGCCCCCACCUCCCCUACGGCCCCCACCUCCCCUACGGCCAGAGAGGGGGUCAGCAGUGAGGGGACAGCGUCGGACCGUACAGAAGGUAACGCUGCUCGUCUCCAGAGGCUAACACAACGUGUCUCUGAGCGUGUGUCUGAGUCUCACCGGUCAGUGUGUGAGGGCACAGCCCUAUCAGUGGUUUCUGACCCCCAGACUGACAGCGAGGAGGUUUUAACUCAGUCACACAGUAUAGUGGAGAGGGAAGAGUCUCUCAGUCACCCUCAGACUGACAGUGAGGAGGUUUUAACUCAGUCACACAGUAUAGUGGAGAGGGAAGAGUCUCUCAGUCACCCCCAGACUGACAGCGAGGAGGUUUUAACUCAGUCACACAGUAUAGUGGAGAGGGAAGAGUCUCUCAGUCACCCUCAGACUGACAGCGAGGAGGUUUUAACUCAGUCACACAGUAUAGUGGAGAGGGAAGAGUCUCUCAGUCACCCUCAGACUGACAGUGAGGAGGUUUUAACUCAGUCACACAGUAUAGUGGAGAGGGAAGAGUCUCUCAGUCACCCCCAGACUGACAGCGAGGAGGUUUUAACUCAGUCACACAGUAUAGUGGAGAGGGAAGAGUCUCUCAGUCACCCUCAGACUGACAGCGAGGAGGUUUUAACUCAGUCACACAGUAUAGUGGAGAGGGAAGAGUCUCUCAGUCACCCUCAGACUGACAGUGAGGAGGUUUUAACUCAGUCACACAGUAUAGUGGAGAGGGAAGAGUCUCUCAGUCACCCCCAGACUGACAGCGAGGAGGUUUUAACUCAGUCACACAGUAUAGUGGAGAGGGAAGAGUCUCUCAGUCACCCUCAGACUGACAGCGAGGAGGUUUUAACUCAGUCACACAGUAUAGUGGAGAGGGAAGAGUCUCUCAGUCGGGAACACGGCAUUGUUCACAGUGAAGAGACAGACAGAGUCCCGGAAGAGACAGGAACAGGGGAGGAGGUGGAGGAGAGGAGGGAUAGGGGUUCAGAAACCAGGACAGAGACAGAGACAGAGGAGAGGAGUAGACGUGUUGGCAUCUUGCAGGUGGUUGACACCGGUGAGACAGACUCUCACCAUGAUGACCCUGAGGUCUCCACCGGCCAAUCAGACACUCCCCAAGGAGAGGACGAGACACUGAACACUCUGACUGAGAUUCUCAUACACUUAGCCCCCACUCCCACUGCCCACCAAACACCAACGCACUACACACCUUCCACUGAAUCAGAGACCGAGAGACCGGAGGACAAGGAGGAGGAGGAGGAGGAGGAGGAGGUGGAGCAAGAGGAAGAGAACCACUCAGAUACUGAGCCCCAAGAGAAAGAAGAGACAGGCCCCAUUCAGCCAGAGGAACCUGUGUUAAAAUCCUGUUCCGUGGACAAGCCAUCCACUGAAACUAACCACAGAGACCCAGAACUACAACAGACCCCAGCAGUGAUGUUCCCAGCCCAGUUAACCCAGUCCCCAGCCCAGUUAACCCAGUCCCCAGCCCAGUUAACCCAGUCCCCAGCCCAGUUAACCCAGUCCCCAGCCCAGUUAACCCAGUCCCCAGCCCAGCUAACCAGGUCCUACUCCCAGUCCAGCCAGUGCUCCCAGUCUUCAGUCUUUCCUAAGUCCCAGACACUGACAGAGGCCCACAACAUCAAUGCUGCUGUCCUCAGUUCUGGGGUGCUCUGUCUGCCUGGAACAAGAGAUAGGGGAGGUCGAGCCCUGGUGACCGUGACCACGAGGAACACCGGCUGGUUGAACCCAAGCUGUGACUGUGGAGAACUGGUCAGAAUCCUCGUCUACUACUACACAAUGCUCAGGAAGGAGGUGCGUUCCCUAGGGUUGACAGUCGUGGUGGACUCUCGGCGGUGCUCCCCUGUCCCCGCUCUGUUCAGCGCCUUCAACAUACUUCAGGAUGCUUUGCCCGGCUGUAUCUACACUGUCCUGUUACUGGCUGAUAGAGACCUGGUUCUACGCCUGGAGAAACCCUCAGCUGUACAGGUGGAGUUGUUGACCUCUCUGAAGUCUCUCUAUAAGCAUGUGGAGGUCUCUCAGCUGCCUACUGAGUUUGACGGAUCCUUCCCCUUUUCACACAGCGCCUGGGUCUGCUUCAGAACGAGACUGGAACAGCUAACCAGUCACUGUGAGGACGCUGUCAACCUUCUGCAGAGUACCAUCACAGGUCUGGAGUCUACUGUCCUGCCAGCUACUGCUGAGGAGGCCCAGGUGUCACUUGCCAGGUACAGGGGUGUGAUGUGCACCGUCCUGGAGGACAGCCGAUUGGCUAGAUUACAGCUGGAGGGCGGAGCCAUCCUGUCCCGCCUCCGUAAAGAGGAAACCAGUGUCAGCCUCAGAGACGACUACAGAGAUGCCGUAGAGGUUGUGGCUGGUCUGUACGAUCAGGUGGAUGAGCUGGUUCACAAGCUGGUGAUGCUGUCCAACCAACGCACUCAGGAACUGGACUUUAUCAUGGAGUUCAAGAGUCUGGAGCAGGGAUUCAAGGAGGUGAGUGACUGGAUUGAGGAGGUUGGAGAGAGUCGUCUGAGAACGCUCGGAGAGCUGGAGGAUUCUCUGGAGCAGCUGCACAGGAAACAGACCCUCUUCAGAGAUUUCUACACUGCUGCUUACGAACACUGUAAGGGAGGCGAGGCGCUGCUGAAACGUCUAGAACGCUGGGAAGACUUGUCGUCAGCCGAGCUGCAGGUGUACGAGGUCAAAGUUCGAUCCUUCUGGGUCCACCUGCACGACUUCUCCCAGAGGGUAGAAGACACCAAGACCAACAUCGACAAGACCGUACGUCUCUACGAGUUCUUCGACAAGGCGUAUGAGUGGGCGUUAGAGGGGAUGCGUCACCUGGCCAGCAUCAACAUGGAGGACUGCACGGUGCUCGACAAGAGCCAGGGGGUGAUCAGCUGUCUGGAGGGGUACCGCCAGCAGCACCCCCCGAUCCCCGACCCCCGCUUCCAGGAGAUGAAGGAGCUGGCUGGGGAGAUGAAGAGCGAGCAGGGCCUCAAACAGUGGAAGUUCGCCUGGUCCAAGUGCCAGGAGACCAAGCAGAUGUUUGAGAAGAAGCUGGAGGCUGCUCUGAGGACGAGGCGAGCCCUGCCCAUGGGAGAGUCACCCGGGUCGGGUACGGCGGGUGCAGGGAAGGACGGCGGGGUAGAGGACGCCACCCCCAGACGUUACUCUGACGUUAACAACGACGAGGGACAGGAGAGGAGCCGCAGUGUGUCACACGCCUGUAGAAAGGCCUUUAGUGGGGUGUGGGGGGUCAGAGAGAGGCUGUCCUCCACCUCCAGCUCUGCCUCAGCUCAGUCGGCCUGCAGCCUCAGACAGGAGACACCCCUAACCUCCUCUCCCUACGGUCUGGUGCACAGGCUCCCCCUCACCCCCCUCUCCACCCAGCUCCUCACCCGUAGCACCUCCUCCGAGGAGUCGUCCCACGGGGUUCGUAUUAAAGCGCAGGGCCGUAGCUCCUCCUGCUCCUUCUCCCCCUCCCUGACCCCCCUGGAGCCGAGCUCCGCCCCUAACCCUGCUCGCCGACCCCCGCUCCGCAAGACCCAGAGCUUCGACUGCCAGAGCCCCGCCCCCGCCUCCCCUGACUCCUCCCGCUAUGGGACCUGUCAGCGGACGCUGAGCGAGCCGGCGCGGCGCGGCAACACUGGGGUGUUUAUUAAAGGCCUGGAGGUCAGUAGUAGGGAGGUGGCUGAGCGACCCUACUCCCCCAGAAUGACGCCUCCUGGCUGGGCAGCGGGAGAGGCACUGAGGACCCCCUCCAUCAGCACUACCAGUAGUCCUCUACCAGAGACCCGUGCCAAGGGCAGUAAGCUGCGUCACAUCGUGGAUGAGAUGGUGACCACGGAGAGGGAGUACGUGCGUUCCCUUCGUUACAUCAUCGAGCACUACUUCCCCGAGAUGGAGAGAGGAGACCUCCCGCAGGACCUCAGGGGAAAACGCAGCGUCAUCUUUGGGAACCUGGAGAAGCUUAUGGACUUCCACAGCCAGUACUUCCUCAAGGAGUUGGAGAGCUGCUGCAACCACCCUCUGAGGGUCUCACGCUGCUUCCUACGACACGCGUAUGAGUGGGCGUUAGAGGGGAUGCGUCACCUGGCCAGCAUCAACAUGGAGGACUGCACGGUGCUCGACAAGAGCCAGGGGGUGAUCAGCUGUCUGGAGGGGUACCGCCAGCAGCACCCCCCGAUCCCCGACCCCCGCUUCCAGGAGAUGAAGGAGCUGGCUGGGGAGAUGAAGAGCGAGCAGGGCCUCAAACAGUGGAAGUUCGCCUGGUCCAAGUGCCAGGAGACCAAGCAGAUGUUUGAGAAGAAGCUGGAGGCUGCUCUGAGGACGAGGCGAGCCCUGCCCACGGGAGAGUCACCCGGGUCGGGUACAGCUGGUGCAGGGAAGGACGGCGGGGUAGGGGACGCCACCCCCAGACGUUACUCUGACGUUAACAACGACGUGGGACAGGAGAGGAGCCGCAGUGUGUCACACGCCUGUAGAAAGGCCUUUAGUGGGGUGUGGGGGCUCCUCACCCGUAGCACCUCCUCCGAGGAGUCGUCCCACGGGGUUCGUAUUAAAGCGCAGGGCCCCGAGCUCCGCCCUAACCCUGCUCGCCGACCCCCGCUCCGCAAGACCCAGAGCUUCGACUGCCAGAGCCCCCCCCCGCCUCCCCUGACUCCUCCCGCUAUGGGACCUAAUGACGCCUCCUGGCUGGGCAGCGGGAGAGGCACUGAGGACCCCUCCAUCAGCACUACCAGUAGUCCUCUACCAGAGACCCGUGCCAAGGGCAGUAAGCUGCGUCACAUCGUGGAUGAGAUGGUGACCACGGAGAGGGAGUACGUGCGUUCCCUUCGUUACAUCAUCGAGCACUACUUCCCCGAGAUGGAGAGAGGAGACCUCCCGCAGGACCUCAGGGGAAAACGCAGCGUCAUCUUUGGGAACCUGGAGAAGCUUAUGGACUUCCACAGCCAGUACUUCCUCAAGGAGUUGGAGAGCUGCUGCAACCACCCUCUGAGGGUGUCACACUGCUUCCUACGACACCAAGACGCGUUCGGCCUGUACGCUCUGUACAGUAAGAACAAGCCUCGGUCUGAUACGCUGUUGGCCAGCCACGGAAACAGCUUCUUCAGGAACAAGCAGCUGGUGCUGGGAGAUAAGAUGGACCUGGCCUCCUACCUGUUAAAGCCCAUCCAGAGGAUGGCUAAAUACGCUCUCCUCCUCAAAGACCUGAUCAAGGAGGUGAGCGAGGCGCAGGAGACAGAGCUGGGCUCCCUCCGAGCCGCCGCGGAGAUGGUCAAGUUCCAGCUGCGUCACGGCAACGACCUGCUCGCCAUGGACGCCAUUCGAGACUGUGACGUGAACCUGAAGGAGCAGGGUCAGCUGGUCAGACAGGAUGAGUUCUGGAUCUGGUACGGCAGGAAGAAGUGUCAGCGACAUGUCUUCCUGUUUCAAGACCUGGUGCUGUUCAGUAAACCCAAACGCAUCGAAGGAGGACUGGACGUUUACAUCUACAAACACUCCUUUAAGACGGCAGACGUGGGGAUGACAGAGACAUCUGGGGACAACAGUCUUCGUUUCGAGGUGUGGUUCAGACGCAGGAGCAGUAAGAACCAGACGUAUGUCCUGCAGGCCUCCAACACAGACAUCAAACACGCCUGGACCAACAACAUCGCACGUAUCCUCUGGCAGCAGGCUACCCGGAAUAAAGAGAUCCGUAAUCAGGAGAUGGUUUCCAUGGGGGUGGGUAACAAGCCGUUCCUGGACAUUAAACCCAGUGAUGCUGCCAUCAACGACAGGGCUAUAGACUACAUCAUGAAGGGACGAGGUGCCAGAACUCGAGCCUCCAUUGCCGUGUCCCUGUUCGACCACUCCAACCCUUUCAAGCGGACAGCGUCGAGUAACGGGGGGUCUGGUGGCGGGGCCCCUGCUGCGUCUGGCUCCUGCACUCUCCUGGGGCCCCUCAACCUGCACAUGUACAGCAGCCACAGCCAGGCCCUGCUGCCCGGGGGAGAGAGGCCCUUCAUCAGCCCGUGUCUGGAGGAGGACGAGAUGGAGCACGAGACCAGCAGCCAGCCAUCCAUGAGUACAUACUCUACAGAGAGCUCAGGUUCAUCGUCCCACUGUCUGUCCGGCAGCGGCUCCAGUGGUUCAGACAGUGGCUGUGUGUCCAGCCACCUCCCUGAGGCCAGUUUAUCUGAGGAUCCCUCGUUCCCCUGCCGUCCCCCGUCCGACGCCGUGACCUCCCCCAGCCUGCCCAAAGACAAGCCGCACUACAACAGCCAGUACAUUUCAGCCGUCUGAUAUCCAGAAAGACGCUAUUUCCAGGCCAAGGAAGACAGACGAGACAAAUACGUGUUCGUUUUCUCGCGCUGCCAUAGCAGCAACUCUCAUCUCACAUGGACACUGUAAAGAGCUGGGACUGUUUCUAAACAAAAAGAAAAGCCACUUUUGAGCAUAGCUUUUCUAUUGUUUCUUUUUAAAGUUAAUUUAAAUAUUGUUAUAUUUUUCUUCCCAAAAGUACUGGUGGCUGCAGUCGUUUUUGUCCUGUACUAUAUUGGGUUAUUCUGUAAAUAAUUAUUUUAAUAGUUUCCUGUGAAUUUAUGAAUGGUUUGUUUCUUUAUCAUCUUGUUGACCACUUUUACUGCAACUUCUGAUUCACCUGUUGAUUGAUGUUAUACCCUGGGAUGAAAGGCUAGUUCUGGUUCACCUGUUGAUUGGUGUUAUACCCUGGGAUGAAAGGCUAGUUCUGGUUCACCUGUUGAUUGGUGUUAUACCCUGGGAUGAAAGGCUAGUUCUGUUAUACCCUGGGAUGAAAGGCUAGUUCUGGUUCACCUGUUGAUUGGUGUUAUACCCUGGGAUGAAAGGCUAGUUCUGGUUCACCUGUUGAUUGGUGUUAUACCCUGGGAUGAAAGGCUAGUUCUGGUUCACCUGUUGAUUGGUGUUAUACCCUGGGAUGAAAGGCUAGUUCUGGUUCACCUGUUGAUUGGUGUUAUACCCUGGGAUGAAAGGCUAGUUCUGGUUCACCUGUUGAUUGGUGUUAUACCCUGGGAUGAAAGGCUAGUUCUGGUAUACCCUGGGAUGAAAGGCUAGUUCUGGUUCACCUGUUGAUUGGUGUU